AUUUUCUCAAUAAAAGUUUAUUUGUAGUAGGUGUGAACAGUGGAAACACUACAGGAGGUGCUUUAAUACUUAGCGCUUUGGCAAUGCACCGUUAAAGACUUCAAGUUAAAGUGGAAGAAGAAGACCUUAACUCUAAAAUUAAUUUGAAUAUUUAUGUUCCAUGACAAUCAGAAAUUGUGAUCUGUUUGUAUUGUUUGUGAAUGGAUAUAAGUAAGUUCAAAGUAAGUGGAGCUCCUCCGACUAUAUACUAUAUUCCGAAUUUCAUAACAGCCAAUGAGAACGCCAAUAUUAUUAAAAAUGUAUAUUCAGUUCCGAAACCAAAGUGGACUAAUCUUUCCAAUAGAAGAUUACAAGACUAUGGUGGGGUUCCUCACGAAAAGGGAAUGAUACCAGAAAAAAUACCCAAUUGGCUACAAAUUUAUUUAAAUAAAAUUAAAGAACUUGGAGUAUUUGAUAACUGUGAACCAAAUCACGUACUUGUAAAUGAGUAUUCACCCGGACAAGGUAUAAUGCCUCACACUGAUGGUCCUCUUUUUUAUCCUACCAUAUGUACUAUUUCUUGUGGGUCUCAUACCAUUCUUGAGUUUGUGGAAAACGAUGCGAGGAGAAAAAAAGUUUGUGACGUAUUUUUAGAAGAAUGUAGCCUUGUGAUAAUUAAAGAUGAUUUAUAUUCCAAAUAUUUACAUUCCAUUUGUGAAAGAAAAUUCGAUACAAUGAAAGACUGUGUUAAUUUGGAACUAUGUACUAAAAAUGCACAAGAUGAAGUUUUAGAGCGAUCUACAAGAAUAUCCUUAACUAUUAGAAAUGUUCCGAAAACUUUAAAAAUAAAUUUUUUUAAAACUUACAGAUAG